CAGUGGUCCGAGUGGAGUCCUUGCAGUGUGACGUGCGGGCUGGGCCGCAAGAUGCGCACCCGGAUGCCGAUCAACAAGAGUAUGAAGGUGCACCACAAGCGGUUCGUCAACUACUACAUGACCCGGCGCCGCGGACCGGCCCACGGGGACGAUGAGGACGACGAUGACGAGGAGCACGGCAGCGUCGAGGAUCACGGUGACGGCGAAGACAACGAUCUGCACAUCACCGACCAGAACGAUCCGUGCUACGGUGUGGAGACGGUCGAGGAGGUAACCUGCGGCCACGACUUGCCACCCUGCGACGGACUGUACGGUGUACCAGAACUGUGCUUCCUGGAGCCGAAACCGGGCAACUGUCGGGACUCGCAGACCCGCUGGUACUACGAUGGCGACAAGAACGACUGCUCGAUCCUGUUCUUCACCGGGUGCGGCGGCAACAACAACAACUUCAUGUCCCGAGAGGACUGUCUCGAUACGUGCAGCAAAGACCGUAAGUUUACCAACAUCCCGAUACGGGACCAAAUCAGCACAAACAGUGCCGGCGGUUCCGACUACGGUGCCGGAGGUUCCGACACGGACCGGAAGCAGGACUGCAAAACGUCACACUGGAAGCGGGGGCCCUGCAACGCGACCUGCGGCGAAGGUUUCCGCGCCAAGAGCCGCACCAUUCUGGUACACCCAGCGAACGGUGGGCAGCGGUGUCCGAGGAAGCUGCGCAAGGUCGAGCGCUGCUUCUCGCACUGCGACUCGUCCCGGCAUGACACGAACCCGUCGUGGGGGCCCUCGACCCGCUACGCGCCCGAGCCGAUCGAGUGCGAGUACUCCGGCUGGUCGGCCUGGUCGCCCUGCAGCAAAACCUGCGGCGACUACGCCGUCCAGCAGCGCACCCGCUACGUGCUGAAUCCGGAGAACGGCCGCUUCUGUCCGCACCGGCUCGAGGAGCGGAAAUGUGAUAUCAUGCCUUGCCUGUUGGGCAAAUAACUCGGCGCCGGCAGCGGUUAGAUCCCGAUUCACGUUCCCGACGGUCACGGCACCGACGGGGCACCGAAACACCGGGCGUACCGAAACGCUUUUCCCCGUAUUGUGUGGUUAGAUUUCGCCGGCGCCGUGCGGCCGAAUUUCCCUACAUUUCAAUCGCAUGAGCUGAGCAUGCAAAAUUUCGUUCCCAUUUUUUUCCCCCUUCGUUCAAUAUUUUAUAACCCUUUUUUUGCCGCGACCCAUGGAAUGGAUGCAUGGAACCGCCGGUGGAUUGGAUUGGAAGCCGCUCGCAUACGUCAGGACCUGUCGGUGGACCUGUGGCUGUGGUGAGGUGACGCACUGUGUUUACGGACCCGUUGGGUUCGGCCCUCGUUUAUCGGAAGCAUACAUGGCGGCAUGGCAUCCCUCACCGACCAGCGAGAACGAAACCCGGCUGGUGCCGGAACACUAAUAAAAUAACACACAAACACGCCCUCACGGACACAUAAAAAUAGUUUAAAAACCGUAGGUGAAAUCCAAACACCGGUGCAUGAUACACAGAGCAUGGGGAACCCGUCAUCGUCGAACCUAUAGGUAUAAUAUAGGCCCGCCGAUGCAGAUCUAGUAACCCUGCCAGCAGCAGCAGCAGCAGCAGGAGCAGUAGUAGACCACACAUACUGACACGUCGCACGUGACGUUGAUUGCACCGAGCUUGAUAGCCAAUAGAGAGAGAGAGAGCGAAUGAGAUAGAAUGAGAGAAGCAGGCCCCAGUAGGUUCGUGUGGUGCAAUUAAAGGGAGAGAGAGAAAGAGAGUUGAAAGAGUUGUGUGAGAGGCAGGAUUGAAGAGGAAUGCACACGACACACACAAACACACACACACAUCCAUCAUGUAUCCUUCAACUAACGAGAUCGAAUAAAAUGAAGUACACGUA